AGCAACUUGGCUUGGCCACCUAGCACAAGACCUGGUCACUUAGCUCUGAUUCACACAUGUGAGAGAAUCGAAAUAAUAUGGUUCUUUUAGACAACGAUGGGUUCCUCACCCAGCUUACACAUCUUCUUCAGAAGACAAGAACUUCGGGAUCAGUAAAUAUCACAAUGAAAAGAUACCACGGACAGACCAAGCCAAAGCCAAAACCACGAGGUACAAAGAAGCUGCAAAAGUUAACAGGGGUUGAACAAGAAGGAGAGAGUAGAUGUCUAUUUAGAGCAACAAAUGGAAAAAAGAAGCUUAGUACAAUAGUAAAUGCAAAAGAUGUAAAUAGGUUUCAACUGGCAUAUGCAAAUGUAUUGAAAGCUAAUAUGGACAAUCUAAAGAAAAGAGACAAGAGGACUGAAAAGAGUAAAGCUAAAAAAUCUAAGGCAACACAGUAAAUAACUUAUAUUCAAAUAGUGAUAAUAAUUACAAUAAUUAUUAUUUUUAUUAUAACACCACACCGCUGGUAUAAUUCUUACUCAUUGAGAAUUCCAGAGUGACUCACUGCUCUACUGUUAGUAAUUUUAUUGUUACUAUGAAAAUGUCUAAGAGAUGCAGCUUUUUCUCCUGGCCAACAGUCUCACAAGACACUUUUCUGUGUCAGAGUUGUGACAAUUUAUAGUGUACAAGUUGCUGUUAAUUUUUUGUUUUAUUUACUCUUAAUUUAUUAAUGGACAAUGUAGAUGUACAAUGUAUAUUCAUAAAUAUUUGCCUUGAAAUGAAUCUCUUUAUGUCUUGAACUUGCAGUAGCUUGUCUCGUUUUAAGGAUGUGAUCAGAGAAGGAACUUUUCUGCAAAAAUGAGCGGCAUGCUGUAUUGAUUUGAUUAGCACCCUCCCUCCAAGAAGUGCCCCCUUCUAAUAAGUGCUCCUUAUUGAGUGCAGCUGUUUUAAAGGCACCCCUACUCUAGUGUGCCUUAGCUCCCCACAGCAAAAGUGAGAUUCAAUACAUUGAUAUGGAAUAGACUGAUUACACAAAUAAAUAGCCCAUUUCCGAGUUGCCUUAAGCCUCUCUAUUAAAGCAAGGCCUGGUGCAUAACCAUUGGUACAAAAAUGAGUUGAAUUUGCAUGUGAAUGAAGUCUCCUUUUCAUAUGAAAGUAUGGACACCGAGACUCGUUUUGAGAAAGAGGCCAAAGGUAUUUCAGAAAUGGCCUAUUAUGAAGUCUGCUUUUUCAUCUGAACACACAUUGUAAAUAUUGAGCAUCACGAUUAUCAGACUAGGUGCACAGAAAACCAAUUUUCAAGCUUGCCCUUUCAGCAAGCUGUAGCUUUGAUGUACUAGCCCCAAAAGAUUUCUUACAUUCUCACUUAUUUAUUUAAAAUUUCUUCUUGCCCAUUGGCUGAGCAAAGAAUAGAAUCCACUACUACUUUCUGGGUAUGCUGACAGAGCUCCUUUCAUUACAACAACUCUUGAGUUAAUUAAGUUUCUGUGUUUUUGUUAAGCAAUGGAUGUGCAUGUUCAAAAGGAAAUUUAAGCACCCCAUUCCCAAAUGUGCCUGCCCUCCAUUCAGCAAGCUUUAAGAAAGGACAGUGGUCUUAUUUCGACCAAAAAGCCUAUUUCCACUCAACAAGUCAAAUGCAACUCUUGGAGAACUUCUCAUAUUUUAUUCUAAUUAUUAUGUACUAGUAUACUCAUCAUUUACAUGUAAGAAUGCUUAAAACUUUUAAAAAAUAAACAUCUUAUUAUGCAACAUACUCUUGGUAAGGAUAAACCUGUCCUUAAUGCAAUAAAACCUUUCCUUGACGAGAUGAAAUAAUUUUAUACAAUUUGACAGUAACUAUAUCUUACAGGUACUUUGUCUUAAUACUUAAUGUAAGUAUAUAACAUGAAUAAUUUCUUUCAACCUUCAAAAUAAAUGGAUAUCACAAAUUA